AUGCGCGGCGUCCUCGUGCGGUGCUGUUCGGAGACGAGGAGAGCGGUCGCCGAGGUGUGGACGGGUGCGGUACGCAGGAUGAAGGGUGCCGCGAGAGCAGCCGCGGUGAGAAUUAUGGUUAGAGAUAUGCGCGGGGUGGGAAAUGCAGCUGCGUGGAUCGUUGGCAAGGAGUGCAAGAGCGUCUCGCAAACUCUCUACAUUGCAAUAUAG